AUGAACGCCUCGAUGCUCGUGCGCCUCCUCUUCGCCGCACUCUGCGCCGCGCCGGCUCGGGCGAUCUGCCGCGAGCCGCACCCGCUCCUGCCGACGUACUGGUCCGCGGACGAGCCGAAGCUCGCCGUCGUCGGCAUCUACUUCAAGGACCUCCCCGCGUCGCACGUCCCGACGCCGGCCGAGUUCGCGGCCAUGGUCCACGGGCCCGCGGUCGUCGCCGCGCUGGACCGCAUGUCCGACGGGUGCCUGAACGCGACGACGUUCGCGCCCGACUUCUACGUCGUCAAGAACGAGGGCGCGACGCACCCGCUCGAGGAGGGCGGCCGCGUGUCCUGCGGCCAGGCCGACGACUUCUUCGAAACGUCGAGCGUCCGGAACCUGGGCUUCGACUUCGACGACUACGACGGCGUCCUCUUCUCGCCCAUCGGCCACUGCAGCGCGGACGGCAGCGGCGCCGGCUGGUACAAGUACGUGGGCAGCGUCGACGGCCGCACCGUCUACAACGUGCAGGGCAUCUUCAUGUCCACGGACCUGCGGCCGUGGUGCGCGCUCGGCGACGCGGCGUGCGACUUCGCCGCGGCGGCGCCGUACACCCGGGACCGGACCUACGUGCACGAGCUCAUCCACUGGUUCGGCUUCGCAGCCCACUCCUCGAUGACCGACUGCGCCGACCCGGACGCGGACGGCCUCGACCCGCUGCUGUGCCCGACGAUCGGGUACGGCGACCCCUUCAGCGUCAUGGGCCCGAGCGGCGGCGUCGCGAACCUCCCCGCCUACAUCAAGUACCACCUCGGCUGGCUCGGCGCGGACGACGUCGAGGUCGUGCGGACGCGCGGCGAGUUCCAGCUCGCGGCCGUCGACGCGCCGCGCGGCGGCGCCGCGAAGCGCUUCGCGUACCUCCCGGAGUCGGACCUCUACGUGCACUGGCGGAACGCGACGGAGCUGCCGGACCCCGCGGGCCCGGAGCCCGAGGACGACUACGCGGGCUUCUUCGUCCACCGCUGGUCGACGCUCGUCGACGCGCACGUGACGUCGUGCGCCGCGGGCGACGACGAAGCCGCGCGCGCGGAGCGCGCGGCGCACGUGACGCUCAAGCCGGGGUCGACGUUCAAGGCGCGGACCCAGGGCGUCGUCCUCCGCGCGGGCGCGGCGGGCGGCGCGACGCGCGGCCUCGAGUGCGGCAACACGGGCAACUACUGCGGCGAGGGCGGCGAGGCGUUCCGGCCCUUCCGGUCGAACUUCGACGGCUCCGACCGCGUCCCGGACUUCCCCGGCGGCGUGACGCUCCACUCGGUCGAGGUCAAGAACGCGGACCUCGGGGGCUGCGGCGACCGCGCGGCGCCGUUCGACCUGGCCGUCGCGCGCACGGAGCUGCCGGAGGGCUACGGCUUCGACCCGCAGAAGUACCAUAUGGAGCUCCGGCCCCGGGGCUUCUCCGGCAACGCGCGGAGCAUGGCCUUCGCGUUCGGGCUCCCCGCGAACAUGAGCGACUACGACUCGUGCCUCACGGCGACGAACCACGACACGGGCCUCCGCGCGGCCCAGAUCCACCGCAUCACGCUGCCCUACGACGGCCGGGAGGUGUGGUAUCGGAACAACCGGCCGGCGGACUACGCCGGCGUCGACCCGGACCUCGCGGCGUACUGCGCGUCGCUCAACGGCUGCGGCCGCGCGGGCGGCGACUGCCCCGCGGCCGGCGCCGGCGGCGGCCACUGCGACCUCGACAAGGCCUGCGACGGCGCCGACGCGCCAGCUAUGAACGGCCUCGUCGCCUACGGCAGCUCCGACUCGGACGACUCCGACGGCGAGGCGUCCCGGAACGACGCCGGCGCCGCCGACGCCUUCGGCGAGUCCGACGCCGAGAGCGACGCCGCGGAGCCGGACGCGGCGCCCGUCGCGGCGCCGAGCGGCCUGCCGUCAGCGGACAGCGUGCUCUCCGACGACGUCGCGGCGGGCAGCUGGCUGCAGAAGCCCGCCUGGGCGACGGCGCCCAAGGCGCCGCGGCCCGCGAAGCCCGCGGCGACGGCGCCCUCGCGGCUCGCGCCCGGCGCCAAGGCCGAGGGCGACGAGGGCGACGAGAAGGGCGACGACAUGUACGCGACCUACGACCCGGCCAAGGGCUGGAGCGGCAAGCAGAAGUCGAACAUCGCCGACAACGGCCUGUCGGGCUACAAGGGCCACGGCGGCGGCCGGAGGCCCGCGGCGCCGGCCGCGGCGCCGCCGCCGGCCGCGGCGCGCGCGGCGCCGCCGCGCGGCGGCCCGCAGGCCGGCGGCAGGAAGCGCGACAAGCCGGACCGCGUCAACGCCAAGGAGCGCGUCAAGCAGCAGCGGCUCAACGGCCAGUCGGGCAUCGGAGAAAACUUCAAGGUCUGGCGAUCCGAGGAGGAGAUGCGCCUCCGGCAGCACUACGACUGA